AUGGACGCCGUUCGGUCUCUCGUCCAGCCCGUCACGCAGAACCUGCCGGCCCCCAUCCGGGACCUGGGCGUGUCCAUCCUGGGCGACACCUGCUACAAGGCGCUGCUGCUCGACGUGGACGUCGAGAACGUGGAAUGCCUCAAGCUGGCCGUCAGCAAGGGCCUGGGCAUCGGCAUCGUCGGCGCCUCGCUCGUCGUCAAGGUGCCGCAGAUCCUCAAGCUGCUGCGGUCCAAGUCCGCCGAGGGCGUGUCCUUUUUGUCGUACGCGCUGGAGACGAGCGCGUACCUCAUCUCGCUGGCCUACAACGUGCGCAACGGCUUCCCCUUUAGCACCUAUGGCGAGACGGCCUUCAUCCUGGGCCAGAACAUCGUCAUCAGCAUGCUCGUGCUCAACUACUCGGGCCAGCCCGGCCCCGCGGCCAUCUUUGUCGCCCUGCUGGCCGUCUGCGCCUACAACCUGUUUGCGGACAGCCUCAUUGAUAUGCAGACCUUGGGCUAUCUGCAAGCGGGCGCCGGCGUCCUCGGUGUCGCCAGCAAGGUUCCUCAGAUCCUGGCCAUCUGGAAGGAGGGCACCACCGGCCAGCUCAGCGCCUUCGCGGUCUUCAACUACUUGGCCGGCUCGCUGACGCGCAUCUUCACCACGAUCCAGGAAGUUGACGACAAGCUCAUUCUGUACGGCUUCGUCGCCGGCUUUGCCCUCAACGCCAUUCUCGCUCUGCAGAUGAUUUACUACUGGAACGCUCCGUCGGCCAAGGCCAGGGGCAAGCGGAGAGAGGUCAUCCCCGUUGAUGCCCAUGACGCCGCCCACUCGAGCUCAAGCUCAAGCUCCGUUGCGAAGAAGGGUCCCACCACUCGGCGCCGUGGCUAG